AUGUGUGUAGCCGUUGCUCCUGUUCCCAUCACCUCUCUCUUAGCAGAAGCUAUCAGGGCCAUUCUUACCAAAUAUGGACCAGAUGUGGCACAAUGGGCGCUCAGUAUGAAGCGCAGCGACACAACAGAGGUACACGAUGGAGGAGAUCCAGCGAUUCACAUCGAAUUUGCACAAUAUCAUCGAACGAAAGAGAUCCGCGUGGUACCUGGCGCUUUCAACUCGACCCCGAACUUCAUAAGUUACUUCCAGGUUGCAGCGCUGGGUGCGAUACCUCUUGCGAUACUGGAAGUAGGUCAAGCCAUUCGACCAGUUGGUGCAAGCCUCGAGUCCAUAAGAUCGGAACUUGCCAUUGCGAACGUUUCGAAUAUUCAAGGCUGGGGUGAAGGUGGCUUUGGUAGCUAUAUCCAUCGCUUCGUUCAGAACGAGAUGUUGGCCUUUGAUGACACUGGGGUUGAUCAAGACGAGACGCACCACUACUUCUAUGUUUGA